AUGAUCAGAAUGAUUCAGCAAGUUCUUCUUAUCCUCCCCCCUUUUAUCCCCCUUCUGGUUAUCCUCCUUCCGGUUAUCUUCCGUCAGGUUUUCCUCCAUCAAACUACCCCCCUGCCGGUUACCCACAGUCAGGUUAUCCCCCCUGCCGGCUAUCCUCCAUCAGGCUACCCACCGGCCGGUUAUACCCCGCCAGAUUAUCCACCGGCGGGUUAUGCUCCGGAAGGUUAUGCGCCUGGUCGUUACACGAUGAAUUUUAUGAGAAAGCAACCGACUCCGUCUGUAGUGUACCAGCAACGGCCAAUGAGUCCGGAGACUAUACAUUACGGUGAAGCUUCUUCCUCAUCCUCCUAUUAUAACAACAAUUAUAAUUAUCAAAACCCUAAUUCUUCAUCAUAUAACAACAAUUACUCUAACUACGGUGAGUUUUUCGGUUCUUCUUCUCGACAACCUCCAUAUGGUGGCGUCUCAUCGCCUCCGCCGGUUUUACAGGCUGAGGCAUCAUCUUCUAAUUCAAAACCUUCUCCCCCUCCUCCCCCUCCCCCGCCACCAAGCUCCUCGUGGGACUUCUUAAAUCCAUUCGAUACCUUCGAGAGCUAUUAUCCUCCUUAUACACCAAGUCGCGAUUCAAGAGAGGUGAGAGAAGAAGAGGGUAUUCCUGAUUUGGAAGACGAAGAUUACUUCCAGGAAGAAGUCGUCAAGGAAAUACAUUCUUCAAUCCCAAAGUUCGUUGAUAGUGGAGGCGGUGGUGGUGGCGGUGGAAGUGGGGGUAAAGGUGAUUCAAAGAAGGCGGCUGUCGUUGAUGAAGAGAGUGAGAAAAGUUCCGGUGGUGAGUUGCAUUACAGAAGUGGCCCAACUGUCGUAGAAGACGAACCAGUGGAAUUUGAAGUUCAUGUGGUUGAUAAAGAAGAAACAUCUAGAUCGGAAAAACCUCUUGCUGACUUUCAAAACGAUUCAGAAGUGGUGAGAGAAAUUCAAGUCCAGUUUGAUCGAGCUUCAGAAUCCGGCAAUGAGCUAGCAAAGAUGCUUGAGGUCGGAAAAGUUCCACACAACAGAAAACACGCCGCCUAUCAAGUUCCCUCAAAGAUGUUGAACGUCUUUUCACCAUCAUUAGCAAUCGCAGCUUCUAAAUACACAUCUGCAGAAACCACCGAUCCUUCCAACUUAGAUGCUGGUAUAGAUUUAAGAACAAAGUCUCAACAUCUUUCAUCCACCUUACAUAAGCUCUAUCUCUGGGAAAAGAAAUUGUUCGAGGAAGUUAAGAUCGAAGAGAAAAUGAGAUUACUCCAUGAAGAAAAAAACAGAAGACUAAAACGUUUAGAUGAAAAAGGUGCAGAACCACACAAAGUUGAUGCUACAAGAACUUUAGUCAGAAGUCUUUCAACCAAAAUCAGAAUUGCAAUUCAAGUAGUCGAUAAGAUCUCUGAGCAAAUAAACCGAUUAAGAGACGAUGAGUUAUGGCCACAGCUAAAUGACUUCAUUCAAGGUUUAACAAGAAUGUGGAGGUCAAUGCUGGAGUGUCACCAUAGUCAAACUCGAGCCAUUGGAGCUGCUAAAAGACUAGACGCGAUUGCAUCUCACAAACAUUUCAGUGAUGAUAGUCUUGAAGCCACAUUACAACUUGAACAUGAACUUUUAAACUGGACUCUUAGAUUCUCUUGUUGGUUUGGAGCACAAAAGGGAUUUGUGACAUCAUUAAACAACUGGCUUCUAAAAUGUCUUCUCUACAUCCCUGAAGAAACAGCAGAUGGACCUGUUCCAUUUUCCCCUUCAAGAAUCGGAGCUCCAACUGUGUUCAUAAUAUGCAACCAAUGGGCACAAGCAAUGGAAAGGAUUUCUGAUAAGGAAGUAGUGGAAUCCAUGAGGGAUUUUGUUAGGAUUGUGCUUCAGUUAUGGGAAAGGGAUAAGCAGGAAAUGAGAAGGAGACUUGUGAUGCAUAAGAAUAUGGAGAGGAAAGUUAAGGAUUUGGAGAGGGAGGAUGUGAAGAUUCAUAAGGAGUUGCAGGUUCUUGAUAAAAGAAUUGUUGUUGGUAGUUCUGGAGAUGAUAAUGGGAUUUCAGCUGUUUAUCAGAGUGAGACUAGUAAAAGUGUUGGUGCUCAAACGAAUUUGAGACUUGUUUUUGAGGCUAUGGAGAGAUUUACAGCUGCUUCUUUGAAAGCUUGUGAGGAGUUGUUGCAACGUAUUGAAGAAGAUAAGAAUUCUCGUGAACAAGAGAAAGUUUUGUAGACAAAUGAUGGAAAAAAGAAAGGAAGUUAAACUGAAAAACGGAAAGAGCUCGGGUUCAUCUGGUUGAAUCUGAGUGAAUCGGAUGUCUGAAGUGAUUCAGUCAAGACACACAACUUGUCUUGAAUCAGGUUUCUACUGCAGUGGUCCAACAUUCCGUCUAAUUGAAGAUUGGAAACCAACAUUCCAACCGAAGUGAAAAGACGGAAUCAAAGAUUGAAGAGUGGUUUUUGUACGCAACAUUUAUGAUGAUGCCUUUUGGCACGUGACUUGGUUUUUUGAUUGAAAGCUAAAUUUGGCUUUUUUUUUAAAAGGCCUCAAUUUUGUAAGUGGAUGUAGUUUGUUUAUGUUAUUAAAACAGAUACAGUUAGGUAUUAGUAGAUUAGCAAUAGCCUACAAUUUUUUGUUUAUUAAUAUCGUUGGUGUAAAUAGAAUAGCCAUUUUGUUUAUCGUCUAUUCUUUGAGUUGUUAUUAUAUCAUUAGGAGAACAAAAGAACUUCAACUUCUGUAAAAGCAUUAUCUUUUGUGUUCAGCCUCCUAACAUUUUUAAUGUACUUGACAUAAAGUUAUUUUGUCC